UAUCUAUUUAUUUGUAAAAUUGGGAUUUUAAUAAUGAGGUAGGGAUUGAACUUCCCAAAACCUCCUUACCUACGUUGAUGGAUAUUAUAGCCUUAAGGGCUAUUUUAUUUAUAUUAUAAAACAAAUACAAAAACUUGAAAAACCGAAUUAUAUCCACAUAAAUAGUGGUGAGGGCUGAGGUUCUUGGUGGACUUAGCGUGAGUCACUUCGUUCACUACCUACUACUCUAACUAAUUGUACCUAAUAUACUUAUAUUUUAUUCAUUGCUUACUCGGCUUUCUGAAAGAAGGAUUUACCAUUGUAUUUAAAUUUAAUACAUCUAUUACUUUAGUCUUUAACAGUUUAACCUACUCAAACUUAAUGCCGAGUUACACUUGACUGUUAUUAAGCGGUUACUUUCCUCCGUUUUGAUAUAAAUUCGAUUCGGACAAAUUGACAUUGGAACUAUUAUUUUAUGGCACAAAAAGUAGUGAUCCAGUACGGACAGAAUUUAUUAUUUGUUUUGAAUCCGGCGAGAUACUGUAUUAUCUAAAGUUAUCACAACUAUUCACAACGGUUCACGGUGAAAAUACGAAAUUUAGACAAAAAUCAUUUAGUAUUAUUAUGAUAUAGUCAUAAACUAAAGUAGUAAGUACCUAUAAACGGUUGUAAAUAACAUAAAAUGUAUAAUUUGUAAAUUAUAAUUUUACACCAAACUACAACGAAACGUGUUAAAUUAUUUUGUACUAGAAAUGAGAGUAGUUAUUGUCGCAUAUCGUCAGUCAUAGAGUAGCGAUUAAUCAGUUACAUUGACUGAACUUCUUAUGCUCGUCAGUGUUACUUUGUCAGCCCUACGAUUACAUCAUGACUAAUAUAUACUUACCAUAUUAUAAAUUCUUCAAGGAUCCGUUGCUCAUCAAAGCUGAAAUUAUUUACGCUUUACAAGAAUCCAGAGAUAGAUGUUUGCACCACAGUACAAAAUUUUUAUCAGAACUUCUAAUAACUUUAAAAAAUAUUCCACCAUAUUUUGAAUUUGAAAAUGAAAAUAAUGAAUUUAUACGUUUUGAAUUAGAACCAGCGUUCACAAAUUUAGAAGACUAUUUGGUGUAUUUUAAAGCACGUGCAUAUUUUGAUCUAGAAGAUUAUCCCAGCUGUGCACACAUUGCAAAACAUACAAAUAAUAGCAAAUCUAUGUUUUUGCAUUAUAUGGCUAGAUAUUUAAGCAUGCAUAAUGAAUGUAUAUAUGAGCGAACUAACUUGUUUGAUUCGUUUAAACCAAUUAAUAUGCGAGCAUAUAUGGAACUACUAGAUGAAUUAUUAAUACUCAAUGUAUAUGGCAAUGAAGAUGAUUCUGAUGAAGAAUCUGAAGAAGAUUCACAACCUCAAGAGACGUCUGAUAUUGACAUAGUUAAUCAAAAACAUUCUGUGCUACAGCAAGAAGAUGAUUCCACUCCUAAAGGAAGACGAUGCAGUAGGCGACCACGUAAUCUAAGAAUUGAAAAGGCUAGUACAACUACUCUAGGAAAAAAAAAUAAGAUAACCAAACGUAACAACACUACUAAAAAGGUGAAAGUCUCAGCAUUAGCUGCUCAAUCUGAUAAUAACAUGUCUGCUGGUGAUCAUAAAGAGUCACGAAUUAAACGAGAAGACCCAUAUUUGUUAUGGCUUACAGCUGUUAUGUUAAAAAGAAUAGAUAGAUGUGAUGAAGCUAUAGAUAUAUUGGUCAGAGCAAUACAAAUUCAGCCAUGUUACUGGGGUGCUUGGAUAGAGCUAGCAACACUAGUUAAGGACUUACAUAUGCUUGAUGCAUUGAACUUACGCCUCAAUGAAAGUAAAGAAUAUCAUUGGAUGCAUCUUCUUUUUAUUGCACAUAUGCAUAUUGAAUUUCAAAUAACUGAUCGAGCAUUAAGUAUAUACGAUGAUAUUUUGAAGCAGGGUCAUAGUGUUUUUCAAAAUUGGCCAUAUCUGCAAUCUCAAUUUGCUAUUGCACAUCAUAACAAGCGUGAAAUUUCACACGCAAUAGUAGCAUUUAAAACUGUCAUGGAAAUGGAUCCAUUCAGGAUAGAUAAUUUAGAUUUAUUAUCAAAUCUUAUGUAUGUCUGUACUAGCUCUGAUGAACUUGUAGUUUUAUCCAAAUAUGUAGCGUCCAUUGACCGUUAUCGUCAAGAAACUUUAUGUGUUCUCGGAAAUAUGUAUAGUUUAAAAUGUGAUCACGCCAAAUCAGUUUUAUAUUUUAAAAAAGCUGUGAGAAUUAAUCCAUUUAAUGUAACUGCUUGGACAUUACUGGGACAUGAGUACAUUGAAAUGAAAAACUCUUAUGCUGCCAUUAUCUCAUAUCGUCAAGCUUUAAAAAUUAAUAUAAGAGAUUACAGAGCUUGGUAUGGUCUAGGCCAAAUUUACGAACUAGUUAAGUUGCCGAAUUAUGCAUUGUUUUAUUUUACUCAUGCACGUGAUUUAAGGCCUAGAGAUUAUCGUAUGCUAGUUUCAUUAGGAGAAAUGUUUGAACGUUGUGAUCGUAUUUUUGAAUCAAUGGCGUGUUUCUAUAAAUCCUUAUUUUACGAUACUGAUGGAGCAAUAAUGCUAAAACUUGCAAAAUUUUAUGAUAGGUAUGGCGAUUGUGGUAAUGAAUUAACCCGUGAAAAUUUUAAUGUGAUGAAUAAAAGAGCUUUGAAAAUUGGAAUUAAAAACAGAACUACUAUUGAGUUGAACUUAAUAUUAAGCAAAAUAUAUUUAUACUUGGGACAUCAUUAUAUGGAUUUACAUUAUUAUGAGCGAGCUAUUUCUUUUGCUGAAAGAUGUCGUGAUUUGUGGAAGGAUACAGAGAUAAAUGCUGGUCAAUCCUCAAUAUUUAAUGAAGUGUUAGAACAUGUUAAUGCUUUGUUAGCUGAAAUUGAAAUUAGAGGAGGCUCAGAUAGCUCUCUCGCUUCAACACCCGGUGCCGUUAAAGCACGCAGAUUUUUGUUUGGCCUCUAAUAUUUGACUGUAUAAAGUUCUAACAAAACACCAAGUGUUAAGUAAAAUUUAUCUUGUUUAAUUAAAUAUUUAAAUAUCUGUAUUAAUUAAUAAAUCAUUUUUAUUUUUUA